AUGGAAUAUUGUGGUAAUUAUUAGAGAUUCUCAUCUGAUUUCACUUAUCGUGAAGAUCCUUGUGUUGAUCAUCCAUAAAACUAAUGUUAAACAAUUUGCGUAGCUAAUCAUACUUGCAAAAGAAAAUUUUGUUAAGUUUGUUAAUUGGAACAUUAAGUUGAGCCUAAUUAAAUGAUUCCAUAUAAUAUGUUUACAUAAAAGCUUUUUAACAAAGUUUCUGGAUUGAAUUUGGAGGAUAAUAAAUUAUUAGAUGAUUCUAAACUUUAACUCAAAAAUGUAAUUAGUAAGAUGGAGAAACAAUUUCAGCUUAUUCUUGAAGAUUUUAAAAAUACAUUUAAAAAUGUAUUUGAAUUAAUAGAACAAACAAAUGAAAAAUAUUUAGAUUUAGUAUGUAAAAUUUUUGAUCCAAGGGCUUGUUCAAAUAAUGAUUUGGACAAAUUAAUAUAAAUUUUUUCGGGCAAUAUUUUAGAUGAUUGGAUUAAAGUAAGAGAAAAUUCUUUAAAAACUAUUGAUUUAAUUAAUUAAUAAAUAGAUGAGUAAUUAUUAGUGAAACUAAAUUAGAAGAUAGAUGAAUAAAUGAAAGUAGCUUGCAAAAUAAUGUAUAUUAAAUUAUAAUAGUCUGUUUAGAUUAAACAUAGAAAAAUCUUUAGGUAUAAGUGAAUAAAAUAUGAAUCCAUAACCAUUAUUAUUAUCGUAAGGAAAGAAAAUAAAAGAAUGGGUUGUAGAGUAUUUUCCAAAUAUAUUUUAUUUAAAUGUAUAUGAAUAUAGAACUGUUUCUAUUGAAGUUGAAUUUACAAAAUAAAAUGAAUUGAAUUAUAUGAAAGAUGGAGUGAUUCUUAGAAUGUAUAAAUAUAUUUAAUUACUUAAGAGAAAAGAUAUAGGAUCUAUAGAAAACACCUUAAAUCAUGAAAAAUAUUGAAUAGAUAAAAAAUCUAAAAUGGGAAGGCCAGUAUGAUAAAAAUAAAAUUGGUAAAUGGAAAGCUACUUGGAAUGGGAAGGAAUUAGAUAUUGGUGGUAAUUAUAAUCAAAUGGGGUAGAAAGAAGGAGUUUGGAAAGAAUUAUUUGAAAAUUAUUGGGAGUAUUUAUAUAAUUUUCAUUAGAUAUUCAAAAGUUAUAUAUAUUGGAGAAUAUAAAGAAGGAAUUAAAUAAGGAAAUUGGGAUAUUAUAAAGUAGGUUGGUGAUAAAUAUGAGAAAAUGUAUGUAGAUAUAAAAAUCUAUAUUAGUGGUGGUGGAUUAUACGAUUAGAAUGGCAAAAAGAAUGGAAAUUGGAAGGAUUUAUAUAAAUUUUAUUAUAAGUAAGUAGAAAAAUUUUAAUUAGAUUUUGUUAGAUUUAUUUUGUUGGAAAAUAUGAUUAAGGAAUUCCUAUUGAAAAAUGGGAUAUAAUUCAAAAAGAUAAAAUAAUGUAUUGAUUUAUAAUUAUUAUAGAGGAGGAGGAGAAUAUGAUAAAGAAGGAAAUAAAAUAGGGAAAUGGAAAUAAUUAGAGAAGAAUUUUUGGGAGUAUUUCAUUAUAAUUUAAAUAAGUCAUUGUUAAGUGAUGAAGGAAGGAUCUUAUUAAAAUAAAAAAAAAAGACUUGGAAGAUGGGAUACAAUAUAUAAGGGAAAAAUAAUGUAAUUAAUUCUAUUUAUAAAAAGUGGUGGAGGUUCUUAUGAUGAAAAUAGUAUGAAAGAUGGAGAAUGGACUGAAUUAUAUGAAUAAUUUUUGGAGUAUAAAAUUUAUAUAAAUGAAGUAAUUGUUAAGUUACUUAUGUUGGACAAUAUAAAAAUGGAACAAAAAAAGGAAAGUGGAAUACAUUAUUUGAGAAUAAGAUUGUGUAAGAUUUAUAAUAAAAUAGUGCUGGAGGAAAUUAUAAUGAUUAUGGAAUGAAGUAUGGAUAAUGGUCUGUAAUUCAUAAAGCAUUCAAAAAGUAUCAAAAGUAUUUUUAUUUAUAGUAAAUACAAUAUAAUUUAAAAUGGAAAAUAUUUAAAUGGAAAGAAAACUGGUAAAUGGAAUUUUAAUUAUCAAAUUAAAUCUAUGUAAUUUUAAUUAUCAUUAUAUAGUGGAGGAGGAAAUUAUGAUGAAAAUGGAAAGAAGAUUGGUAUAUGGACAGAAUUAAAUGAAAAUUAUGGAGAGUAUAUCUAUUUCAUAUUUUCAUAAUAGAAAUUGCUUGGUUAUUUACAUUGGAGAAUAUAAAGCAGGAAUCAAAUAAGGAAACUGGUAAACCUUAUAUAAAAAUAAUUAAAUGUAUCAUAUAUAUCAAUAUUAAUAUAUAGAGGUGGUGGCUUAUAUAAUGAGAAUGGCAUGAAAGAUGGAAAAUGGAUAGAAUUAUCCGAUAGUUUUGAUGAUAACACCUAAGCAAAACGAAAAGUCUACCAUCAAGAAUAUUAAAAUGGUGUAAAAAUAGGAUUUUCUGUUGAUCAUCCUUUGGAGCAAUGA